UGUUGAAUCGAUGUCUCCUUACUCCCGUCUUUGGUCGACAGCACACACGUGACCUCAUAUCAGGCUAACCCCUUUGGGUCGCAAAUUGAUACCCAGACGAUCACCACGUCGAUCAUUGAUGAUCAUAAAGGCCAGUUUAAAGUAAAGGAAGGUCUUAGAACGCGUGAAAACCGAAAAGAUUAAAGUCUUCUAUUCCUCCAGCCGAGCAAACAACCCUCCAUCUAUCUUAUUUGUACGUUGCGACAAGAGGAAGACGAGUGGCACGUCAUGGCAUCCGAUGUACAAGUCACGAAUGGGGCAAGCAAAGACGCUUCAACAGAUGGUAAAAACGAAGGAAUAUCCGAAGAGGAGAUUGCUCUCUACGACCGUCAGAUCCGAUUAUGGGGCAUGAAAGCCCAAGAGAAGAUUCGAACCGCGAAUAUCCUUCUCAUCACGUGCCGGGCACUUGGGAAUGAGAUCGCGAAGAACCUAGUGCUCGCCGGAAUAGGCUCGAUUACGAUACUGGAUCAUGAAGUCGUAUCACCAGAUGAUCUUGGUGCCCAAUUUCUCAUCACGGAGGCGGACAUCGGCAAGCCGCGAGCCGAAGCUGUUCGCCCCCCCCUUCAAAAAAUGAACCCCCGCGUUACCAUCACCGCCGACACCUCUAUCGCAGCGUUAAAAGACCCUUCCUUCUACGCCACCUUCACCCUCACCAUCGCCACCGACCUCGACUACACGGCCCUCUGCACCAUCAACGAAGCCGCCAACUUCAGCGCCCGGCCCUUCUAUGCCGCCUGCCUCCAUGGCCUCUACGGCUUCGCCUUCGCUGACCUCAUCACACACGACUACCAAAUCGAGCGCCAAGUCCUCUCCACCACCACCCUCCUCGGCCCCGAAACCCCCUCCCGCACCCUCCUCUCUGUCACCCCGACCCCCUCCACCGGCCCCGGCGCCCCCCACCGCGAAGUCCUCACCAAACGCGAAGUCUACUACCCCCUCCGCAUCGCCAACUCCUCCCCCCUCCCCCCUACCAUCACGCGCCUCGCACGCCGCAAAAAGCAAGUCCCCCCUCUCCUCACCUGCGCGCGCGCCCUCUUCGAGUUCCAAGCCGCCCACCUCGGUCGCUCCCCCUCGCACGCCGCGGCCGACCUCGCCGCCUUCACCCAGCUGGCGCGCGCCACCCACGACAUGCUGAGCCUGCCGCGGGAGACGCUGACGGCGGAGUUCCUGAAGGGGUUCCUGGCGAGCCUGCACGCGGAGGUGGCGCCGGCGGCCGCGUGGGUGGGCGGGUUCGUGGCGCAGGAUGUCAUCAACGUGCUGGGGCGGCGGGAGCAGCCGUUGCAGAAUUUCGGGGUGUUUGAUGGGGAGAGCGGGGAGGCGAGGGUGUUUGCGUUGCAGCCGAUUUUUGAGGCGGAGGGGAUGGGGAAUGGGAUGGCGAUGCGACAGGCGGGGGCGCAGGCGUCGACGGAUCAAGCGCCUUUGUGAAUUGAAUGGGAGGACAGGAGUUACGGUAGGAUGAAUUCAACUUGGUCACUGGACUUCGUGCCAGGAAAUGGAUACACAGGUCGUCUACCAAGACGCAGAGCGUGGGAGAUCGCCCGAACAAGGCUC